CAAUCUUUUUUUGCAUGUGUUUUUAAGAAACUUCUGCUCAACAUUCCAAAUAGGCCCAAAUAGUCCCCUGAUAUAAUUUAACAUGUCUAGGUAUUCAUUUUUGUUACAAUCAUGACAAUAAUUUGAGAUACUAUUAACUGCCUUUCCAUAGAAGUUUAUUUUCUUUGGCCAAAACGCCCAGUGUUACUACAUCUUCAGCAAAAUUGUUUACUUCACAUCACCAAAACCCAAGAAGAAAAUUUUACUUGAAAACUGCUGAAUAAUCCUGCUAACAAUGUCAAACAUCUAUCCACCCCCUCCUCCCCCAUAUGAGCCCCCUAAUCCACCUCCAUAUGCCCCCCUCAACCCCGAGAACAAAGUUUACGUCCAAGGAGUGGUUCCUCCUGGCCGCAGCACUGCUUACGUCACUUCUACCAAUUAUGGCAGCAUUCCUACUGGCAGCAAUACCACCAUUGUGGUAGAGCCUGCCACUGUGACCAGCGUGCUAUUGGUGGGAGGCUGUCCUGCCUGUCGUGUUGGAGUACUGAAUGAAGAGUUCUCUCUUGGUGGUCUGUGCUGUGCAUUCUGGUUCUUCCCCAUUGGCAUCCUCUGCUGCCUCGCCAUGAGGGAGCGCCGCUGCACCAACUGCCAUGCAACUUUCCCGUUGUAAUUGUCAUUCUUACAUCCUUGGAGCUACUGGUUUAUCUUAGCAAUACCACUGAACUUCUGACCAACAUUCUGCUCAUUGUGGACUCAAGACAACCCAUACCAAGAUCAUCCUGCACCCAAUGUUCCAAGCUUUGAACAGAAUUGAACCGUCCUUAUACUUAUAUCUCUCCAAGCAAAUUCGUACUUUUAUGUUCCUUGCGUUUUUUCUUUGCAUUCAAUUGGCAAACAAUCUUCUCAUCUUUCAAAAAGCAAUCUGGCAAAUAGAUAUUGCUUCCCGUUGUCUUUCAUGGGCUCCGUUUUGCUUUAUAGCUCCAAUGUGUGAACAGCUCUUGCCAUGCUUGGCUGCACCAUGCGAGCUGAAAUUGUAGAGUUUCUGCUGCUUGAGUUCCAUCUACGUUAAGAUACGAUUUGUCAAGGUUUGGUAUCUAUGAUCUUUAAUUCUUUUUGUGAUAUAUUAUGCUUAUGUUGUUCGUCGUUCAUUGACCGAACGCUGCUUUACUUUUUGUGUUAUAGAUCCUCAAGUUUCACUCGUUCUUGAUGAAAUUUGGAGAUACUUUUCAAGUAAAUUUCCAUUUUAUCGGUUAACUCGUGUGUUGCAAGUGAGAUAUUUUAAUAUAAUUUCCCUUAUUUUCUGAGUCACAUGAGCCAAGUUAUAUUUUAUUUUUGGUCUGCAUUAUUAAUGUAUUUUGAUGAAUGAUGGCUUGUUCAUAACGUAGGUUAAUAUUUGUUGUCUGAUUUUCGAUGCGUACUUAUAGCUUCAGGUUUCUUUUAUACUAGUUAGUACCAGGAAGUUGCUACAAAAAUGGAUUUAUUUGAGGAUACCUAUCUAUUAAUGGCAGUUAUUUUUAGCGCAUUUUCUCAUUUAUGGAAAAAAUGCACU